AUGGCCUUUCUCUUGAAGGCGAUCGGCCUCUUCGACUCCAUACCGGGGUUUCCCUACACACCCAGUGGCGGCAGUGGCGCUGGCAGCACAACCGCCGUGACACCCACCCUCACGUGGACAAUGUGCCCUGGCGUGGGUAAGGAGGAUGAGCGAGCUGUUACGAUAUUUUCCAUUUGUUUAUCAAAAGCUGACAGUGGAGUGAAGGAGAUGGCGCGGCAUGCGAUGAAGCGCGCGAAAAGCCUGUUGCUGCCAGGUCUCCUGCGCUGCUACGGUGCGGCGGAGCACCAAGAGACGGUGUACAUUGCCAUGGAACCGUGCGAGCCGUUGCGUACGGUACUGCAACAGUCGUCAAACACGCAAGAUGGCGAGGACGGCGAUGAAGAGGAGGCUUUCUUGGAGAGUGUUGCGUUGGGAUUGAAGGCGGUUGGAUCAGCUCUCACCGCACUGCAUCACAACAACUUUGUGCAUGGAAAUGUCUCCUCCGACUCGAUCUUUGUUAUUGCAGGCGGCGAGUGGCGCUUGUUUGGCCUUGAGCUGCUCAGUACAUUUAACGAACCCCGUAGUAUUUAUCAACGCCACUGCCUGCUGUUGCCGGAGGGGCGACGUCCGCCAGAGACACUCCAAACAAACUAUGAAACGAGUCGGCACAUUAGCAACAUCGACUCGUGGGGGUUGGCGUGCCUCAUAUAUGAGGUUCUAGGUGGGCCUAUUGGACAAGCACGGAGCCUAAUGCAAGUGAACUGGAAGGCAAAUGACAUGCGUGGGUGUCGGAGUCUUCCACGAACGUUGCAGAGCGGCUUUAUUGGUCUUUGUGCUGCCAACCCGAAAAUGCGCCAUGAUGUGGAACGCUUCUUGAAGACCAGUGAAUUUAUCGUUGGGAGCGAAUUUGUGCAGUGCAUGCAUGCCCUAGAUGAGUUGUCGCUGAAGGACACUGUGGAGCGGGAGCGAUUCUUUGAGCAUCUCACGGAGGUUGUCGACAUGUUCCCCAAGAGGGCGUGUAUGUGUCUGGUGCUACCCAAACUGCAAGCCUCGUUUAAGUUUGGUAUCCUUCCAGCCGUUAUAGAGCCUGUGCUUAAAAUCGCCGCAAAUAUCACCGCACCGGAGCACUACGCAGCAUACGUGGCACCCAUUAUUAUUAAACUGUUUGCCUCCCAAGACAGGGUGGUGCAAUAUCGGAUGCUUCAGCGAGCCUCUGAAUACGCAUCGAUGCUGCCAGCUACCGUGGUUAAUGAACAGUUGUGGCCCUUUUUUGUGUCGGGGUUUAGCAGUCCCGUUCCUAGUAUUCGGGAGUACAGCGUGCGCGCCUUGGUGGCGUUUGCCAACAGUUUAAGUGAGAAGAUCAUGCUCACUGAUGUUCCCAGGUUUAUUUCACAGUUACAGCAGGACACCGAGGGGGCCAUCCGCACAAAUGCCACCAUCAGUCUCUGUCUCAUGGCGGAGAAGAUACCCACAGCGGAUCGUUCAAACAUUCUUGUGCACGGGUUUGGCAGGAUGCUUAAAGAUCCUUUUGUGCCUAGUCGUCUUGGGGCUCUGCGCUCCUUUCGCACGUGCUUGGCACACCUAACACCGCAGCACAUCGCAGAGCUGAUGCUUCCUGGCGUUGGGCCUCGCGCAGUGGACGAUGUCCGUGAGGUACGACAGGAGGCGUUGGAUGUGCUACGUGAGGCCAUUGGUCGCCUCGAUGAGUACAACACCCAAGCACCUUUACAAGAGGCAAAGGCAGGCGUUGCCGCCGCGUCAAACGAGGUGCCCGUCACCAAUAGGAAACAGACCUCGUCCUGGUGGGGAUGGGGGCGGGGCGCCACCACCACUACCACGACGUCCAGCGAUGCGAAGUGUGAGGCUGCUUCAGAAGAAAGCGGCGGAUCUGCGCUUGCGUGCAAGGGUGAGAGCAACGGUACCAGUAAAUGCCCUGCAGCCUCCCACUUACCGACCAGCUCUGCGGCGGCAAAGACGAUGCCCACGACGGUGGUAUCUGCGACUGAGUCUGGGUUUAGCGACGAUGACGCAUGGGGGACUAACGACGAGGAAAUCUCUUUCAAGGUCCCGACAUCAGAGAGCAGUGGCACGAUGGAGAAGUCUAACAAUCGGCAUUUUGACACGAAUAGCAUCACACAGCCAGUGACAAGCGGUCAUGCAAUGAAGCUGCGCAAAAAAGGUCUUGGAGCUGCACGUCUCCAGUAG